CGCUUCCUCUCAGUUGUCAUGGCCGCCUGACAGCAUGUCGGCCGUCCCAGCUCAGUGAAGCAGCGGAGUCCGUCAUCUUUACAGAUGUGGGGGAGAAUAUUUCUGAGCCCCAAACUACUCAGCAGAAUUCAUCUCACUUGGAGUCACAGACAUUUAUUCACUAUGCAGUUGAAAACCAAGGAGUUUGAGUCACUGUUCACCGAUGGAUUGAACAGCCUCGCAGACAUUUUUGAGAAGCACCGGUUUGAGCUGAGGAUUGCAGGAGGGGCGGUGCGGGACCUGUUGUCAGGGCAGCGACCCGAAGAUGUGGAUUUUGCGACGACAGCAACACCUGAAGAAAUGAAGCGCAUGUUCCAGGCUGCAGGGAUCCGAAUGAUCAACAACAAAGGAGAGAAACAUGGGACCAUCACUGCCCGGCUGCAUAAUGAGAACUUUGAGGUGACCACCCUGCGUGUGGACGUACAAACAGAUGGACGGCACGCCGAAGUGGAGUUCACCACAGACUGGCAGAAAGAUGCCGAACGCAGAGACCUCACUAUUAACUCCAUGUUCCUCGGGUUGGAUGGGACCCUGUAUGAUUAUUUCCAAGGUUAUGAGGAUCUCCAGAACAGAAAGGUUCGUUUUGUUGGAAGUGCUGCUCUUAGGAUCCAGGAAGAUUACCUACGCAUUCUAAGAUAUUUCAGAUUCUAUGGGCGUGUUGCGUCUGAGCCUGGUCAGCAUGACCCAGACACGCUGGAGGCGAUCCAGGAGAAUGCCCGUGGCUUGGCAGGGAUCUCUGGAGAGAGGAUCUGGGUGGAGCUGAAGAAGAUGCUGGUGGGGAACCACGCUGCACACCUGCUGGAGCUCAUUUAUGAGCUCAGCCUGGCUCAGUACAUAGGUCUCCCAGCAGAGGGCAAUGUUGAGGAGAUGAAGCAGGUCUGUCAGAAGGCAUACGGCACCUCUCCUAAGCCCAUGACUGUGCUCGCAGCUCUGUUCCGCAGCCCAGACGAUGUCGAAAGGUUGGAUCUGCGGCUAAAGAUCUCCAGAGAGGAGAAGACCUUGGGCCUUUUUCUUGUCAGACACAGGCGAGACCUCGUUAAGGGGCAAGAUGAGCAUGAUGGCCUCAAGCCAUUCACAGACUUCAUUAUAGACAGUCGAGAGCCGGACGCCCAGAGCAAAGCGCUGGAGCUGCUGAAGUACCAGGGUGAAGUGAAGCUCUUGGCUGAGUUAAAACGUUGGUCCAUCCCCCGAUUCCCUGUCAGUGGGCACGACCUCCGUCGUCUGGGCAUCACCUCGGGCAAGGAGAUUGGCACAACCCUGCAGGAGCUCCGUGACAUUUGGAAGAAGAGUCGUUACCAGCUGGGCAAGGAAGAACUCCUGAGCACCAUCAGCAGGUCCUGAUUUAAAAUGAACAAAACCAGUGACAGGACUGGUUUUCCCAGACUCAGAUAUGCUGUCAUGCCUUAGUAAUUCAGAAGGUGCAGUACGCUCUUAUCUCCAUAAAAUGUACAGCUAACACAGAGAUGAUAAAUGCGGAAGAAGAUUGGCUGUAUAUUGGUUCUCUCAAGUCUUUUUCUGUAUAGACUGUCGCUAAGCUCCUGGCUGUCCCAGCUGCAUGAGCGUGAAGAAAGUUGGUAAUAAACUUCUGGUUGUGCUUCCCAGCAUCUUUGUGGGAGUACUGACUGCACCUCAGAACAGCUGGGCUCCAAGGAUCUGGCCAGAAAUAGAAAACGGUGGAGAAAUAAGCAAGAGUAAUAAGCAAUACGCCAGGUGUGUGAGUCAUGGAGAUGAUGGACAGAAACUCUGCAUGCUGCCCUGUUCGUACCGCAGCAAUCUCAGCCUCGUUUUCCCUUUUUUCUCCUCUAUUAUCAGUGAUUUAAGUUUGGCAUUUGAUGUUCAUUUGUUAUUCAUGUUAUUUUGGACUUCAAUUUCACAGUGACUCAUCUGAUUUCAGCAAAGUCUGUUCUGCUUUCUUAAUUUAUUGUGACAUUUUUGCCCUCUGUUAAUAUAAAGGUGUAUUUAUCCGUUGGAGAGAUGGUGUAAUUUUGUGUAAGGAGGAGCACUUUAGCUGCCUCUUUGUCUAAUGCAACGUCAGACAUUGGUUCUUUAUGGAAGGAGGGGGUAGAGAAAUCCAGGAUGUUUCCAGGUGGUUAUGUAACUCUUAAUAUCAUAUUUUGAAGCAACAAAGUAAACUAAAAUGCCAAAGUC